AUGUCUUCCAAUACUCUUCUUUUCUCUAGCGAUCUUAUCUCAUCUGAAGUUCAGGCUGCUUUACCUAAAGGUCACACCAUCAGACCUUUAUCCAGUGAAGACUAUGAAAAAGGCUUCCUUAAUGUUCUGAAUGUGCUCACGGUCGUUGGAGAUAUUUCUAAAGCGCAGUUUCUCGAACGAUUUUAUUACCUUAAAGCUCACAACCAUGAGUAUUUUACUGUUGUGAUAGUUUCUCCUGAGGAUCGAAUUAUAGGCGCUGGGACAAUAUUUGUCGAACGCAAAUUUAUCCAUAAUAACGGAUUGGUUGGGCACAUAGAAGACAUUGCCGUUGAUAAAAAUCAACAAGGAAAGAAACUUGGCCUCAGAAUUAUCCAAGCUCUUAAACACAUCGGUGCAAAAACCGGUUGCUACAAAGUUAUUUUGGAUUGUUCCGAGGAG